AUGUCCAAUUCACACGCAGAAACCCGUGUCAGCUCUCGCAAGAGACCUGCGUAUCCGCGGAAACGAGCUGUCCAGGCCUGUCUGACAUGUCGUCAACGACGGACAAAGUGUGACAACGAAAAGCCAGCCUGCAAUUCUUGCAAGAAGCUGGGGAUAGAUUGCGUCUACCACGAAUUCGAAAAGGCUAGUCAGGACACUGGCAAUGUUGCGGAUAAGGUGGCAAUGACCUUAGAGUUCGAGCGCCAAGCCCACAGCUGGGCCAGGUCUCUUCCACCGAGUCUCCGGCCGGCGAUAGACGAUUCCAGCGACGUUACUUUCGACUUUGACGAGAACGGCCAGCUAAGAUUUAUCCUCAGUGGCCAUCUGAUAGACUGCUUGGAACUCAUGUACUGGCCUUAUAUCUACGCCGCUGUGCAUGGCCGACUCGGAGACGACAGGGACUCCCACAUGCUGGCUUCACGAGGUCUCGACUUUUGCGUGCGGAGGAUAAAUAUCAACAAGACAGGAUUCUUUCAUCGACAUCAUGGGACGUGGUUGAUGCUGCAGUCAUGCACACGGAGCGCGCUUGUCUUGAUCGCUGCCGCGUAUGGAGGGCUGCAUGACAAGCUUCCACACGACUGGAAAGCUAGUGUCGAGGACGUAGUGAACCUCUUGAAACAUUGGGUUGAUGAGGUACCUGACUUCAGGAGGAUGAUUGAGAUCCUCGCUAGCCAUGAGUAA